AUGACUCCCAGGGGACGAGGGCAUGCCGCCCUUGAUACUCUAUUUGGCUGUGAUGACGAGGCGCUUUUCGCCAAUCUUGACCAAGGGGACAAGGGCCUCCUGAUAGUGCAGGACUUCGCCUACGCCAUUACGUGUGCUCGUGCCUGGGCUUAUGGUAUGGCGAUUCCUCCCGCGCCGGAGGUUCGGGCUGCUCAGUAG